AUGGAAUACAGACAGAAAAAUCUCAAACUUUUGGAAGACGAAGGUGUUCUAUCGCCGAAUAAGAUUCCACAAAUAAGAGACGUUAAUAAGUAUCUCCAGAAGAAAACUGGUUUCAUUCUUCGGCCGUGUAGUGGCUUGCUAUCUGCACGGGAUUUUCUGGCCAGUCUAGCGUUUCGGGUGUUCCAGACCACCACCUACCUACGACAUGGUAGCAAACCACAUCAUUCACCUGAGCCGGACUUGAUUCAUGAGCUUCUUGGACACGUACCAAUGUUCGCUGAUCCCUUGGUGGCGCAAAUGAGUCAGGAUAUCGGUCUGAUGAGCCUGGGCGCUACCGACGAACAAAUUGAAAAACUGGCCACUGUCUACUGGUUCAUCAUUGAGUUCGGUUUGUGUCGAGAAGGUGGACAGUUGAAAGCGAUUGGUGCUGGAUUGCUUUCUGCUUAUGGAGAGCUGAUGCAUGCCUGCUCAGACAAACCUGAACAUCGUGAUUUCGACCCGGCCAUCCAGGACAGCGACUAUCAACCGUUAUACUUCGUCGCUCAGAGCAUUGAAGACGCGCUGUCGAAGCUCAGAGAGUACGCACGUUCUUUCGAGCGUCCGUUUGCAGUCGUGUACGAUCCAUUUACAAGGAGUGUUGAGGUACGUGAUUUAAUCUCGUUAGAUCCCAUAGGUGUCCUGGGAGAAGAAGAAAAAGCUCACAGCAUGUCACAAGAUUCUCGAAUCGACUAG